AUGAAAGAUGGCUGGAUUAUUAAAGAAGGGAAGGAUUUAAAAGUAGUUUGUGGUGGAAGUAGUGCAAGUGAACGAGAAACAACAAAUACAGCCCCUGGGGAAGUUGAGGGAACGCCAGUGUUAGUGAUGAGGGACACAGGCUGCACCCACUGUAUUAGUAAGGAAAAGCCUGUACCCAAUGAAAAAGUUUACAGAUUGAUGAGGGAAUUGUUUGGAGAUUUAAAUAAUGUAGAGACCUUCUUUGAUGAUAUUUUAAUCCACACUGAAACCUGGGAUGAACACUGUGCCCUGCUGCAAGAAGUUCUAAAACCUUUAUUCUUCGUACAGAUGCAUCCAGUACAGGGGCUUGGAGCUGUACUUUUACAGGAACAUGAUAAUGAGAAGUGGCCAGUCUUCUAUGCAAGUAGGAAACUCUCAGAGGUGGAGCAGAGGUAUGCUGUAAUCGAGAGAGAAUGCUUGGCAGUUGUAUGGGCUACCAAGAAGUUCUACCCAUAUUUGUAUGGCAAGCAGUUCAUCUUGGAAACGGAUCACCGUCCUUUAACAUAUUUAGAUACUGCAAAACCCCUUAAUGGAAGAUUAAUGAGGUGGGCUCUUCAUCUUCAGCAGUUCCAGAUGAGUAUCCACUAUAUUAAGGGUAGUGAUAAUGUAGGUGGAGAUUAUUUAAGUAGACUGUAA